CUCAUUUCAUUUCAAUGUAUUAGGGGCCUACAACGUACCACCUGUUUGUAGGGAGGAAAGCGAUUUUGAAAUCCAAGUUCUUGUCGUUCAGCGGAUGUGAUCCCAUUACUACAUCAUUUCUGUGUUCGAGUGAAUCUAAUUCCAAUCACUGUGCGCUGAAGAUUUCAAUCUCUCUUCCGCACGGCAGUUUCAAUGCCGCUUCACAGAACCCAGAAGCCAAAACCCAAACGCAGAUCCCCACUCCUCUUCUUCUUCUUCCUUGCCCUCGCUGCCAUUACGCUUCUUUUCAUUUUUUCCUCUCUCAUUUCCACCAAUAAAAUCUUUACAUUCAAGAAUCUGACCCCCAAACAGAGCCGUAACCGCUACGUUUUUAGUGUGAACGAUAAGUUCUUGUACUGGGGCAGCAGAAUCGACUGCCCAGGGAAGCACUGCGAGUCUUGUGAGGGUUUGGGUCACCAGGAGUCUAGCUUGAGGUGUGCUCUUGAGGAAGCCAUGUUCCUCCAGAGAACAUUUGUAAUGCCCUCUAGAAUGUGUAUCAACCCUAUUCAUAAUAAGAAAGGGAUUCUUCAUCAGCCCAACAAUGCAAGCUCCGAGGAAAGUUGGGAUGCUAACUCCUGUGCUAUGGACUCUUUGUACGAUAUGGAUCUUAUAUCCGACACCAUACCAGUGAUUUUAGACGACUCGAAAAUAUGGUAUCAGGUGUUGUCAACUGGUAUGAAAUUGGGAGCUAGAGCAGUUGCCGAUGUUGAGCAAGUUGGUCGUGUUGAACUUAGAGACAACAGUCAUUACUCCAAUCUUUUGCUAAUAAAUCGAACUGCUAGCCCUCUUUCAUGGUUUAUGGAAUGCAAGGACAGAAACAACCGCAGUGCCAUAUUGUUGCCAUACAACUUUCUUCCUUCAAUGGCAGCAGAGAACUUGAGAGAUGCAGCUGAGAAGAUUAAAGAGGUACUUGGCAACUAUGGCGCCGUCCAUGUUCGUCGGGGAGAUAAAAUAAAGACGAGAAAGGAUAGGUUUGGCGUUGAUAGAAGCUUACAUCCACAUCUUGACAGAGAUACACGACCCGAGUUUAUGGUGAAGAGAAUUGCAAAGUGGGUUCCGGCAGGGCACACACUUUUUAUUGCUUCAAAUGAGAGAACUCCUGGGUUCUUUUCACCCCUCUCUGCUCGGUACAAGUUGGCAUAUUCGUCGAACUAUAGCCAUAUUCUGGAUCCAGUGGUUAAGAACAAUUAUCAGUUGUUCAUGAUCGAAAGGCUGAUUAUGGGAGGUGCGAAGACAUUCAUCAGAACGUUCAAAGAAGACGAUACAGAUCUUAGCCUCACGGAUGACCCAAAGAAGAACACAAAAAAUUGGCAAAAACCUGUGUACACAGAUGAGGAAGAAAGAAGGUGAGAAGGAUUUGGGCUGUGUGGGAAAAUGUGUUGGAGAGGUAAUUUUGAUCCUUGUUAAUGCCAACCUACAAAAGCUUUUCUUAUUGUUCAUUGAAAAGCUUCAUAGUGAAGAAGACAUCAAAUGUUGAAGGAGAGAUAGGUGCUUGGCUUGGCUUGGCUUGGC